AGAGGUCGAGGGUGCUGCCGGGAAAGAUAUACGUGCUAGAAGACCGGUCCGAGGCCUCGAGGAUGGCCGCUCAGCGAGUAUUCCCACUUUCCUGUGUGGUGCAGCAAUAUGCCUGGGGAAAGUUGGGUUCCAAUAGUGAAGUGGCCCGGCUGCUGGCCAGCAGUGACCCACUGGCCCAGAUCUCAGAGGACAAACCAUAUGCAGAGCUGUGGAUGGGGACCCACCCCCGGGGAGAUGCCAAGAUCCUCGACAACCGCAUCUCACAGAAGACCCUAGGCCAGUGGAUUGCUGAUAAUCAGGACAGCUUGGGUUCGAAGGUCAAGGACACCUUUAAUGGCAAACUGCCCUUCCUCUUCAAAGUGCUUUCAGUUGAAACGGCCCUGUCCAUCCAGGCACACCCGAACAAGGAGCUGGCAGAGAAGCUGCACCUCCAGGCUCCACAGCACUACCCCGAUGCCAACCAUAAGCCAGAGAUGGCAAUUGCCCUCACCCCCUUCCAGGGCUUAUGCGGCUUCCGGCCAGUUGAGGAAAUUGUGACCUUUCUAACAAAGGUGCCGGAAUUCCAGUUUCUAAUUGGAGACAACGCAGCAGCGCAGCUGAAGCAGAGCCUGAGCCAGGACUCCGAGGCCGUGACUUCUGCUCUGCGGAGCUGUUUCUCCCACCUGAUGAAGAGCGAGAAGAAGGUGGUGGUGGAGCAGCUGAACCUGUUGGUGAAGCGGAUCUCGCAGCAAGUGGCUGCUGGAAACAGCAUGGAGGACAUCUGUGGGGAGCUCCUGCUGCAGCUGCACCAGCAGUACCCGGGUGAUAUCGGAUGCUUUGCCAUCUACUUCCUGAAUCUGCUUACCCUGAAGCCGGGGGAGGCCAUGUUUCUGGAGGCCAACGUGCCCCAUGCCUACCUGAAAGGAGACUGCGUGGAGUGCAUGGCAUGUUCAGAUAACACAGUGCGUGCUGGCCUGACACCCAAGUUCAUCGAUGUGCCAACUCUGUGUGAAAUGCUCAGCUACACCCCCAGCCCCAGCCAGGACAGGCUCUUCCCUCCAGCACGGAGCCCAGAAGACCCCUACCUCUCUGUCUACAAUCCCCCUGUGCCAGACUUCACCGUUAUGAAGGUGGAGGUACCUGGCUCUGUCACUGAAUACAAGGUCUUGGCCCUGGACUCUGCCAGCAUUCUCCUGGUCGUGCAGGGGACAGUGACAGCCAGCAGCCCCACAGCCCAGGCAACAAUCCCCCUGAAACGUGGCGGGGUGCUCUUCAUUGGGGCCAACGAGAGUGUCUCACUGAAGCUCACUGUGCCUGAGGACCUGCUGAUGUUCCGUGCCUGCUGCCUGCUAUAGAGGCCACAGCCUUCCUGGCUCUCCUCUGCUAGUCACCCUACAUCCUGGCCAGCCUCACCUCCGCAGACCCAGCCCAGAUCCCUUCCCUGCUCUGGGCUCCUUGAGUACACCCUGAAAGACUGGGGGAGAAGAGCUUGAAGGUGGUGACUCCUGAGCAGGCCGAGGCUGAACCGUCUUCUUCCUGGUAGGAGGGGCCCAUGUGAGGACUGAGAGCUGAUACUCCCCUUGGAUCUCGCCACACUGGAGCCAGGCUCUCCUCAGAGCUCAAGAACAGCAGCCCUGUCCCAGCCUAUGGCAUUAGGCAGACUGGUGAGAUCUAGGAUUAGCUCAGCAGCAGUCACAGCAAGGUAGGUAAUUAAUCUGUAAGAAUAUAGGCUUCUGCAGUGCAGAGGGAAAAGGGUAGCUCUGUGGCCUGAUGCCGCUCUGUUAAAGCAAUUAAAGAUUACUUGUUUGAGGUCUGUGGGC